AUGCCUUCUUCAAGACGAGAUUAUCCCAGCAGCAUGUAUCCCGAGCACGGGUCUGGCUAUGGAGCAAGCAACUACAGUCAAAGCGGCAGAAGCAGCAAAAGAAGCAGAAGCGGUGGCGACGGCUACGAUGCGCGAAGGAGUACGCGAAGGAGUGGCUACAUCCCUCACAGCUAUGACGACAGCCAUGACGACAACUCUGAGAGCAGCUACGAUAACAACGGCUAUCGUCGUGACCUAAAUGAUCGCCGCCGCGGAGACAGAGACGACAGACACUCUCGCGACCGUCACUCUAGCAAGAGGGGUUCCCGUCGCGACGAUGACCGUGACCGUGGCCGUGACCGUUCCCACGACCGAAAUCCUGACAGAGAUCACAUUGAGAAAAAGGGCCGUAGCAGCAGCUUGGGGUUUCUCGAGCGCGUCUUGCCGCGCGAAUUUCGUCCUUCACACGCUGAUCCUGAGGCCCGGCUCCAUAGAUUGCAGAAAGAAAAGGACUGUGCCGGCUUUGACUGGACGCCGGGGCUGGUGUUGGGGCUGAUUGGAGCGACGAUGUUGUUUAAUCACGAGAGGUCGCUUAUUAAGAGGCAGAAGAAGGAGUAUUUCGAUUGA